CAGAGCCUUUAGAGGUUAACUUUACACUCCGGGAAAGGAACCGACCGCGCAUCUUGUGUUAGCGUGUCUGUGCUCUGUUCGGGGGGAAGUCUCACUCACAUCAAAGCGGGCUGACAAUGCAGCUCAGGGUCAGCGUGGUGUUUGGGUUGCUAGCGGUGGCGCUUCGCUGUCCCUUCGGGGAGGGGCAGUUCCCGUGCCCGAGGAGUUUCUACCGGUGUGCGGACGGGUACUGCCUGGAGAGGACCCGGCUGUGUGACGGGGUGGCCCACUGUCGAGACCGCUCGGACGAGAGGGACUGCCCCAAAAUCGCUUGUUACGGCCACUCCUCUGAGCGGGAUCCGUUCAAUGGACGUUGUCUGAACUGCCAGCAUGGUACGGAGGGGAGAGACUGUGAGCUGUGUAAGAGUGGGUACGUCGGUGACGCCACGCAGACCACUAGUGACGCUUGCCACCCGCCGACUAGGUUUCAGCGAUGUCACCUGAUCUACAUGGGAGAGUUCUGUUACCGGUGCUCGGCGUCAGUUCGCUACGGGAACCCGGACAUCCUCCGCCGAGGGUACUGCGGCAGGUGCCCCUGCGCCGUCCGGACCCGCCUGCCGCUGCUUCAUGGAAGAUUCGGACGUGAUGUCAGCCAAACCACACAAGAAGACGACAGACUUGAACUGUGGCACAGACUACGGAGUGUAGCAGACUUGUCUCAGCGGUUAGACGGCUAUCUCCAACACAACACGCCGACAGAACACACGCUGGUCGACGCGGCGAACCGCCUCCAGUCCUCUCUGCAGUCUCUCACCAACACAACGUCUGAAGGAACAUUCAGACUGAGACACCACCUGCGGAAAUCGCUGCUUCCAGUCAAGAGAAAAACCCAGGCUCUGCUGAAAGUGAUGAGCCACCCAGCGUAAAGGACGGAGGCAUGAAGUGCGAAUGCUGCGACGUCAACUUUGGAAGGCACCUGAUUGCAAUGUUCAAAAGUUAUCUAUAUCAUCUUAUACGUCGUCACUAUUUCCAUGGUGCUAAUACGUAGUUUCUCUACGUGUCAAUUUUUAUGCAAUGUCUUUUAACUUUGAAAAAUCGUUACGUUAGUUACAGGACAAUAUUAAUCAAGAGUUGUGAGAUGAAAGCUCCUUGGUGGAACAAAGAUUCUGAAUCUCAAUUUAUCGUCUCUUAAAUAGACACCACACGUGUAUUCUCAUCGUUUUAUUCUGACCUGAAGGCAACUAGAUGAUUAACUUGUUUAGACGACGUUUUUUUCUGUUAUGUUGUAUCUCUUUGUCAAUGCUAUGUUUAUACAAUAGACCCAGACCAGAUCAACCUACUCCCUGCUAUCUAAAGCUGUUAGAGUAGAUAUUAUAUAAGUAAACGACUACUUCAGUUUGCUAAAGAUCAACGUACAGUCGUGUAUAUAUUUUUCUCUGCUUAUCAUUUCUUAUGCGUCAAUCUUCAUUGUUGAUGAAAGCUCCUUUCUUCAUCUGUGCCAAUAUGACAAAACUUCUACAUAUAUUAAGUAUACAUACUAUAUUCAGAUCACUAUAGGAGCAAUCUAGAUAUGAAUGGAUAUAAAAAGAUCUUCGUAGGUCUCAUAACAACAUGAACUAUUUACAUCUUUUAAAA